AUGAAGACAACUCCAACAACUAGUGGAGAAACAGUUGUGGUUGGUGCGCAUACCUUCGACCAUGAAAAUGCAAGGAAAGAGUUAUCAGUUAUGGUUUGUCUUCAUGAGUAUCCCCUAUCUAUUGUAGACCAUAUUGGGUUUCGACGAUUUUGCAAUGCUUUGCAACCUCUCUUCAAGGUGAUUACUCGCAACACUUUAAAGAGUGACAUCUUGAAGCUCUACAAUGAUGAAAGAUCAAAGACAAUGAAUGUCCUUGAGCGUAAUAAAAGUCGAGUUGCAAUUACGACUGAUAUGUGGACAGUAAGCAACCAAAACAAUGGUUAUAUGGCUAUCACGGCUCAUUACAUUGAUGAUUCUUGGAAAUUGAAAAGCCGUCUUAUGAGGUUUAUAUAUGUACUGGCUCCCCACACGGCUGAGGUACUUUCAGAUGUUCUUGUGGAUUGUUUGAUGGAUUAG